CUAGCAGCGUGGACACUGGCCCAGCCCCGGGUCGCUAAGGGGCCCCGGCAGCCAGUCGCGGAGAUGGGGGUGCCCGAACGUCCCACCCUGUUGCUUUUGCUGUCCUUGCUGCUGCUUCCUCUGGGCCUCCCAGUCCUCUGUGCUCCCCCUCGCCUCAUCUGCGACAGUCGCGUUCUGGAGAGGUACAUCUUGGAGGCCAGAGAGGCCGAGAAUGUCACGAUGGGCUGUGCAGAAGGUCCCAGACUGAGUGAGAACAUUACAGUCCCAGACACCAAAGUCAACUUCAAUGCUUGGAAAAGAAUGGAGGUGCAAGAGCAGGCUGUAGAAGUUUGGCAAGGCCUGUCCCUGCUCUCAGAAGCCAUCCUGCGUGGCCAGGCCCUGCUGGCCAACUCCUCCCAGCCAUCAGGGAUGCUUCAGCUGCACAUAGACAAAGCCAUCAGUGGCCUGCGCAGUCUCACUUCCCUGCUCCGGGUGCUGGGAGCCCAGAAGGAGUCGAUAUCCCCUCCAGAUGCCACCCCACCGGCUCCACUCCGAACCCUCACGGUGGAGAAUUUCUGCAAACUCUUCCGAGUCUACUCCAACUUCCUCCGGGGCAAACUGAAGUUGUACACGGGGGAGGCCUGCAGGAGAGGGGACAGGUGA